UGGGGGUGUCCGAGUGUGGCGCAGGCGCAGUGCCUGGUGUGUCGGUGCGGCGCGCGGUGGGGUUGGUUUGUGUGUUGGCUGUGGAGUUGAGAACAUGGCGGCGGAGGAGCGAGAGCCGAGUCGCCGGGGUCAUGGCGGCCCGAAGUCCUGCUACUCGCCCCGUCGGAGGCUCCUGCCGCUCGGCGCCCUCCUCCCGCCGCUGCUGCUGCUGCUGCUGGCGGCGCUGCCGCGGUGCGGGCCGCCCGGGGCCGAGGGCAAGGAGUGCGGGGACGGGGGCUGCGCGCACGGCGCCUGCGACACCGAGAGCGGGCAGUGUGUGUGCCAGGCCGGCUGGGUGGGCGAGCAGUGCCAGCACUGCGGGGGCCGCUUCAAAUUGUCGGGUCCCUCUGGGUAUCUGACUGAUGGACCUGGUAACUACAAGUACAAAACAAAAUGUACCUGGCUUAUUGAAGGACAGCCCAACACUAUAUUAAGGCUUCGAUUCAAUCACUUUGCUACAGAAUGCAGCUGGGACCAUUUAUAUGUGUAUGAUGGGGACUCAGUUUAUGCUCCACUAUUGGCAGCAUUCAGUGGUUUAAUUGUGCCUGAAAAGAACGGGAACGAGACGAUGCCUGAAGUGGUUUCACGAUCAGGCUAUGCCUUGCUGCACUUUUUUAGUGACGCCGCCUAUAACCUGACUGGAUUUAACAUUACGUACAACAUCAAUGCCUGUCCGAACGACUGCUCAGAGCAAGGCGUGUGCCACGUGGAUCAUGUCAAAGGCAGCGUGUACUGUGUGUGCAAUGAGCACUGGAAAGGAGAAUCCUGCAGCAUCCCUUACUGCACAGACGAGUGUGGGUAUCCUGUACGCGGGAAUUGUGACCUGAACGACACGCAGAGCUGCUGGUGCAACACUGGCUGGCAGGGUCCUGACUGCUCGUUCCCAGUGCCGAGCAAUCACUCCUUCUGGGGUCGGGAGGAGCACAAGGUGCCUGGUCUGGCACGGGCUUCCCACAAGGUUGUGGUCAGUGAUGACAUCAUGUGGGUUAUCGGAGGCUACGUGUUCAACUCCUCGGACUACCAGAUGGUUAUGGCAUAUGACCUGAGGAGUUUGAAGUGGCUUCCAUUGAAAUUGGUGAACACACCGAUGGGACGGUACGGGCACUCCGUGGCUUUGCACGAGGAUAAAAUUUACAUGUACGGAGGCAAAAUUGAUUUAUCUGGGAACAUCACCAAGCAGUUGUGGGUGCUCCACGUUCACAAUCAGUCCUGGGUGCAGGUGACUCCCAAAGCCAAGCAGCAGUACGCUGUGGUCGGCCACUCAGCUCACAUUGUGCAGUUCAGAAGCGGCAGUGUCAUGCUUGUCAUCUUUGGGCACUGUCCUCUCUUUGGCUACAUCAGCAACAUCCAGCAGUACAACCUUGUUAAAAACACGUGGGAUAUCCUGCAAACAAAAGGAGCCUUAGUUCAAGGAGGGUAUGGCCACAGCAGUGUUUACGACCCCACGACCAGAGCUAUUUACGUACACGGUGGAUACAAAGCUUUCAGUGCUAACAAGUACGGCCUCACGGACGACUUGUACCAGUAUCAAGUGGAUUUUCAAACGUGGAAAAUCCUGAAGGACGGGGGCUUCUUUCGCUACCUGCACACGGCCGUCAUCGUGAGCGGGACAAUGAUGGUGUUUGGCGGCAAUACCCACAACGACACGUCAAUGAGCCAUGGAGCCAAGUGCUUUUCUUCAGACUUCAUGGCUUAUGACCUUGCUUGCGACGAGUGGUAUGUGCUGCCUGCACCUGAUCUUCCUCACCGGUUUGGUCACUCGGCUGUGUUCGUGAAUGGGACGAUGUACAUCUUCGGUGGUUUCAACAGCCUGCUGCUGAGCGACGUGCUGACCUUCACCCCAGCCACUUGUGAGGCGCUCACUCAGCAGAGCGAGUGCGUUGAUGCCAGCCCAGUAAUGCACUGCUCCUGGAAUGUCACCUCCUUCGUGUGUCAGACGGCUUCUUCAGAAUUUCAGCAACAGGAGAAACAUCAGAUCCUGUGUCCCAGCAAGAUAGAAGUGGACGUUGUGAAAUGUGAACAGUACACCGACUGCUACAGCUGCACAGCCAACACCAACGACUGUCAGUGGUGCAACAAAUGCAUGUCAAAGGGCAAUAACUGCACAGAUGACAGUAGGCUAAUUUUGGAGUACGAGAUAUGUCCGAAGGACAAACCUGAAUAUGUUUGCAAUAAACUGACCAGCUGUAAAAGCUGUGCCAUGGAUCAGAACUGUCAGUGGGAAUCCAGAAACCAGGAAUGCAUCCCCUUGCCUGAAACCAUCUGCGGUGAGAACUGGCAUCUGGUGGGAAACUCGUGCCUGACGAUCAGCACCACAAAAGAGAACUACGACAACGCUAAACUGAUGUGUCGGGGUCAGCAUGCAGCACUGGCUUCACUCACAACCCAGAAGAAAGUUGAGUUUGUCUUGAAAGAAUUGCAGAUUAUGUACUUAUUGUACAAAGAGCCUAUAACUCCUUGGGUUGGAUUACGGAAGAUCAACGUCUCCUAUUGGUGCUGGGAAGACAUGUUGCCUUUCACCAACACGUCACUGCAGUGGUUGGCAGAGGAGCCCAGCGAUGCGGGUUUCUGUGGCUACUUGGCAGAGCAUAACCACACUGGCCUGAAGGCAGCUACUUGCAUCAGCUCUGUGAAUGGAAGUGUGUGUGAAAGACCAGCAAAUCACAGUGCCAAGCAGUGCCGCACUCCGUGUGCCCAGAGAAUGACGUGUGGGGAGUGUACCAGCAGCAGCACCGAGUGCAUGUGGUGCAGCAACAUGAAGCAGUGUGUGGAUUCCAAGGCCUACGUGGCCUCCUUCCCGUUCGGCCAGUGCAUGGAGUGGUACACCAUGAGCAGCUGUCCACCUGAGAAUUGUUCCGGUUACCGUACGUGCAAUCUAUGCUUGGAGCAACCAGGGUGUGGAUGGUGUACCGAGCCCAGCAACACUGGGAAAGGACAGUGCAUCGAAGGGGCUUAUCGAGGACCGGUGAAUAUUUCCUCCACGAAGACGUACUCCGAGCCCAUGUUGAAUUCCACCAUGUGCCCAGAGGAACUGAAAUCCAACUGGUCAUUUAUCCAGUGCCCAGCUUGUCAGUGCAAUGGUCACAGCCACUGUAUCAAUGAAAGCAUCUGUGAGAAUUGCGAAGACCUGACCAUGGGGACUCGCUGUGAAACCUGUGUGGCUGGCUACUAUGGAGACCCUACCAACGGAGGAACCUGCCAAGCCUGCAAGUGCAACGGACAUGCGUCCAUCUGUAACGACCAGACGGGAAAGUGUUUCUGUACCACCAAAGGAAUUAAAGGGGACAAGUGUCAGCUAUGUGACGUUGAGACUCGAUACCAGGGCAACCCCCUGAAAGGCACCUGCUACUAUUCCCUGCUGAUUGACUACCAGUUCACCUUCAGCUUCUCUCAGGAGGAUGAUCGUUACUAUACAGCCAUCAACUUUGUAGCCACCCCUGAGGAACAAAAUAGAGACUUGGACAUGUUUAUUAACGCAUCGAAAAACUUUAACCUCAACAUCACCUGGUCCACGAGCUUCUUAGCCGGCACACAGGCGGGAGAAGAGAUUCCGAUUAUUUCGAAGAACAACAUCAAAGAAUAUAAGGACAGCUUCUCCAACGAGAAGUUUGACUUCCGCAACAACCCGAACAUCACAUUCUUCGUGUAUGUCAGCAACUUCACCUGGCCCAUCAAGAUACAGAUCGCCUUUUCUCAGCACAAUAACUUAAUGGAUCUGGUGCAAUUCUUUGUCACGUUUUUCAGUUGUUUUCUGUCCCUACUGCUGGUGGCUGCUGUGGUGUGGAAGAUUAAACAAAGCUGUUGGGCAUCAAGGCGGAGAGAGCAACUUUUACGAGAGAUGCAACAGAUGGCCAGUCGCCCCUUUGCCGCCAUCAACGUUGCCUUAGAGACGGAAGAGGAACCUCCAGAUCUCAUUGGAGGAAGCAUCAAGAGCAUUCCCAAACCCAUCGCGUUGGAGCCGUGUUUUGGUAAUAAAGCAGCAGUGCUGUCCAUAUUUGUCCGCUUGCCGAGAGGACUGGGAGGCAUCCCACCACCGGGCCAGUCAGGUCUCUCUGUGGCCAGCGCGCUGGUUGACAUCUCGCAGCAGAAGUCCAUGGAUCACAAAGAAAAAUCGGGAGUGGGACGGAGUCGGAAGCACGUCCCCCCAGCACAGCCCGGCACCUGCAUUUGACCUCCGCAGGCCUCCAUUGCUGCCAACCUGCGGGAUUCAGGCACUCUGCUCACCGCCCGGUCCACUUCCCGGCCCUGGGAGAGGGGAGGGAGGGUGGGGGAGACGACGGGAAGAGAUGUGAUAAACCCCCGACCUCAUGUCUGCAUGUGUCCACUAGCUCAAGAGAUGCCGUCGCCUCGUCAGGAGCCAGGGGACUCUCGGGUGUCGCCUGACGUCAGCCACGUCUCUUUCCCCCGCACCCCUCCCCUCCAACCCCUUCCCUUUCCAACACCCCCCACCGCUUCCCAACACCACCCCUUCCUCCCUUGAAUCACAGUGGGAGAUUGCUCGCUCCUUUGUGGUCACACACUGUGAUCUGAAGCAAUAUGUGCUUUUUAUAACAAACAAAAAUCUUUCAUUUUCUUCCCUGUUUUUGCUCCCAGGUGCUCGUGGGAGGGAGGGUGAAGCGGGGAGUUUAAUAUGAAGCUGGUGAUUGAUAGUACACUGUUUAACUGCAGUGAAUUGCAACUUUCUUGGGGGUUGGGGGGGGUUGGGGGCAAAGAGUGAGAGAGGGGUGGAGUGAGAUCUGUUGAUCUGUUUCAUCUUAGUUCAAGGAUGCUUACAAUGAGCAUCUACACUUAACAUACCUCAUUUUAUUCUGACGGGGUUUGGGGGGGACGGGUGGAAUGAUGGGUGAUAUGAUUAAAAUUUACUAAGAAACAGUGAAACAUACUAAUCCUUCGCCACAGUAGUGUGAGAACAGCAAGCUGUAACCAAUAUAAUAAUUUGCUAAGUAAUGAUUUCAUUUCCCUUCACCGCCCCCGCCUUCCCCUCUUCGAUCACCCCCUCCCUCUCCACUCACGUCCCAUUUCCCAAUGAGCAGCUAUGGGGGUUCGGUUUAUUUAGGGAGAAUGGCAAAACACGAUUAAUUCAGAGAAAAAAUGAUGGGGGGACUUCAGGCAAAGACCAUGUUAAAUUUCGAGAACUUUUAGUUACAUUAAUCUUGAAAGAUUUUGCGUACUAGGAAUGUAAAUUAGCACAAAAUAUCUUGGCCACACUAUACAAGCUUAGGUCUCCUAUCUGAAGUGACUAUAACGCUCCAACUUUCACUUUUAUUAUAGGCUGAAAAAGAUUCGAUGAGAUCUUUCAUGGGUGGGUGGUUGGGUUUUGUCUGUGUGUGUGUGUUAGUGUGCGCACGUUUGGGACAGGUAGGAAAAAAAUCCAAGAGCUGAAACAUUAUUCAUAUCAAAGCUGCUAUUUUGCUAAGAAAACCAACAGACUUGUUCUUCCCAGUGUUGCUCUUCAUUGAAUUCCCGAUUGUAAAAUCAGAGGUUUUAAUUCCACCAGAAUUUAUCUUUCCUCGUUGGACUCGAAGCACUGCAAACGUAGCCCACACUCCCAAGUCACACUAAGCUCCCUCUUCCCCUCCACUGGUUAGACUCCAGGAGUUACCUAAAGCACAC